AUGACACAUACAACGAUUGAAGUUCAUUUCAAACAAACUGGUGAAAGUAUUAAUGUACCAGUGUCUCCACGAUCCACAAUCGAAGAUAUUAUUAAAUAUGUGUGUGAAAAGAGUGUACUUACAAAGCCAGGAUCAAAAAUUGAUUACAAUAAUUAUUAUCUCGUUUUGUUGAACAAUCAAGAAAUGUUGGAUAAUGAUAAGACAUUGAAAGAGACCAACAUUCUUAUAAUAGAAAAACCCAAGCUUCAAUUGUGCAUGAAAACAGCGAUACGUGAGCAAAUAAUGGCUCUUGCUCGACAAAUAUCAAGUACAGGUCAAGGUGGAAGAGUAGUCAAAUUACCAAUACCAGUUUAUAUGCCUCAAUCAAGAGUAAAAACAGAAAAUAAUGAGAAAUCGUCGCCCUCUAGUUUCCAAGCUGGUGCAUCAAAUAAAUUAGCGCCUACUCGAUAUGCAAUACAAUCUAGCACAGAAAGAAAACCAGCACCGGCAGUACCUCCAAAGCCUUCUAACCUAUUAAAGAACGAUGCAAUUAACAAAUCAUCACGAAAUAACGCCCCAUCAAUUACUCAAACUGAAAUAUUUUCAAGUGCUCCUUCACUUAAGGAUACUUCAUGUCUCACAACUGAAAAGUUGAAAUCUCCUGAUACUUCAAAGUUAGUUUCAAUAACUAAAAAUUUAAAAUCGAACAUAUCUGAUUCAUGUCAGAUGUCAUCCCCACGUGUACAACCUACACAAGAAGAAGUAUCUUUCCCUAAAGAAAGAACAGUAUCGAAUGAGGAUGAUCGAUAUUCAUCUCGACCAAAAAAUUUAGCUGACACUUACCAAAGUGUAACAUCUAAGAUUCGUGAGGUUGGUGCGGCUGCUACUCGUGAUCCUGUUAUACGUCGAGAUAUUUCUACAACAUUCAAAGAAAUCAAUAUUGUCUUAUGCGGCUCACCACGAGUUGGAAAAAGUACUCUGAUCAACGCCAUAUGUCAACAGAUGCUGGCUAAAACAACUCCUGGACUUGAUUCCUGCACGCAUGCUAUAUCACGUUAUCAUCUUAAAGGAUUUGAGAAUUGGACUCAAGAGGACAUUCGCAGAAAAUUAGAGGAUAUUUUAAAAAAACCCAAUUCCGAUAUACUAUGCAUGAUGUAUUGUGCAUCACCAGGUUCUUAUACAAAUCUUCUACAACUACGUUGGCUACUGAAUGAGUGUAUGAAAAAACAAAUAUUUUGUGCUCUUGUAUGUACAAAUAAACAUGCUGGACAACAAGCACAACGAAAUGGGGUCCUACAAGAUUUUCAACGGUUACUGACAGAUUACCAUGUCAAAACUGGAGAAAAAAAUGAACUUUAG